GUACUCAGCCUUGUUCGUCUUACGAUCUUCGACAUAUCAUACUCUUCACGACAACGAAAAUGCAGCUCUUAAAGUGGAUCUUUUUCCUUGCUCUCGGUCUGGUCGCUGCUGCUGAGAGCGCCAACCCCGAUUCCAAGAGCCCUCCCACUGAGCUUCAGAUUGAUACGACUUACCUGCCAGACGAAUGUCCUGUCAAAGCGGCCAAGGGUGAUUCCAUCAAGGUCCACUACACCGGUACUCUCUUCUCUAACGGCAACAAGUUCGACUCGAGUCGGGACCGCGGGUCACCUCUACCUUUGACUCUCGGUGUUGGUCAGGUCAUCAAGGGUUGGGAUGAAGGUCUCGUCGGCAUGUGUCUCAAUGAGAAGCGCAUCCUCACCAUUCCCUCCGACAAGGCCUACGGUUCUCGAGGCUUUGGCUCCGUCAUCCCGGCUAACUCAGCACUUGUCUUCGAUGUCGAGCUCGUUGGUCUGGAUAGCAAGGCUGCUCCUCACCAGGAGCUUUAGGGCCUUUCAGCUCACUUUCAUAUAGGCUUGUAUUUAUUGUCGGAUUUGCGGAUAUCAUUCAUGGAAAUCAA